UACUACUAAGAAUGAAUAAGUUAUAAACUGCAGAUGGGCUUAUUACUCGUUAAGCCCACUGAGUUUACGCGUGUUUAAUCAAACGAAGCCCACAUGGAUUUUUAAUUAAAUCCGACGGAUUAAACGAAAAGGUGCGAAUGAGACGUAAACGAACGAACACGACCAUUUGAAACCAGCGGCCCAUAACUACCGUGGCUCACAAGAAAGCUAUAUAAGGAUUACUUCCACCGAGUUUGAAAACAUAGUCUUCGAAAGGUUUUUACGAAAUGACUAAUCCUGAGAAAAUGAAAGUGGACGGUGAUACUGAGAAAGAGAAGGAAGACUCCUCCGAUGAGCAAUGGAGCGACGAAGAAUCCGCCAUGAGAGAAAUCGUUCUCGGUCUCCCUGCUCUAUCGAUCAGCAGCGCAACCUUCGGUGUUAGUAUCGCCGUCGAUGAAGAGGAAGAGGCGCGUCUGAACGAGCAAGCGGUUGUUGCGGCGGAGUUGGUCAUCGCUGCGGCAGAGGAAGCGGUUAUGAAAGAGAAGAGCGAUGGCAAAAAGAAGAAAGUGAGGAGACAGAGGAAGACGAUGAAGCUUAAUAACGACGAUGAAGCGGGUGGUUCGAGUAAAGGUGGAGAAGCGAAGAAAAAGCAGAGGAAGAAGACUUCAGAGUUCACUAAUCUGCCAAGAGGACCACCCGUUUGUAACGUCUGUGGAAGAGCAUUUCACUCGUGGAAGGCUGUGUUCGGACAUCUGAGGUCUCACAAAGACAGGAGCUAUCGCGGGUUUCUCCCGCCUCCUAGAUUCUCUGCGCCGAUUAGAGGCGUCAUGAUUCCAGGACCGAACUCUGCUUUUGUUCGUGUUGUUGCCCGAGGAGGGAGCUCUGGUGGGGUUGUUGCCGCCGGUGGCGGUGGUGGUGGACCUGGUGGUGGUGCUAGUGGUGGCGAAGGUGGGAGAGGUGUAGGGAUUGUUAUGGAUGUGGAUCGAGUGGAGGAAGAGAAGCAGGAAGUGACUGAAUCUGGAACCGCAGCGAAGUUUGAUCUUAAUAAGUCUCCACCGAAAGAUGAUGACGAGGAAGAGGACAAAACCAAGUGAAGAUGUUUGAAGUUGAACACAUUAUUAGCUAUUUGAUUGUUUUUCAUACAACUUAUUUAAGUAACUUAUCUUGUUUUUUUUCCUGUUUUGGACUAGGUUCGGAUUGUUUUUGUUGUUAUUGCUUUUGUGUGCAACACUUUCUAUUUAUGGAAAUUUACUUUGGGACAGGCUUAUUUCCGUAUACAGCACGAACUUUUUUUAAGGGAAACUGGAAUGUAAAUUUUCAAAAUGAAAUAAUGUGGGAAACUGAUUUAUAAGAAGCUUAAUAUUGUAGCCUCAUUAUCCUAUUUUCUCAAAAUUCAAUCAACGAGCUCUUUUCAAAACGACCAACUUCCACAGCCGAACCUA